UCAGAUGAUGUUUACUUUAAAAAAUUGUUUUCAGCGACUGCUAUUACUGCGCCUGCAAUCAGGUGUUUGUCUUCUACAGUUAAUAGUUUGUCUCUAUCAGAACGUUAUCAGUAAGACCAAACAAACCUAACGUGCAAAAAGCGAUAGGAGCCUAAUUUGAGGAGAUUCAGUGUUAUCAAUUGUGUAAAAUGUUUUGUGGGCAACGUUAACCAGUAGAACCAGAAGCAUCAAUGUCUGAAACUAAUCAAAACAUAAAGUACGAGAUGGACAUGAAGAUGGAGCCGUCCAGUCCGCCGGAGAAAGAUCGCAGCAUGUAUUCGCGAUGUUCCAGCGCGGGGAGUGUCCACACUCCGACUUCAUCGGCCCAUAACACCGAUGACCUUGAAUUUUCUUUAACAGAGGACGAAGAGGACUCGGGUGGUGAUAACAGCAAGAGCAGCUCGACGCUUAGCUACAAAGAACGCCGAAGGGAAGCUCACACCCAGGCGGAGCAGAAACGACGUGAUGCGAUCAAGAAGGGUUACGAUUCGCUGCAGGAAUUGGUGCCCACAUGUCAGCAGACCGAUGCUUCCGGAUACAAACUGAGCAAGGCGUCGGUUUUGCAGAAAUCCAUCGAUUACAUCGGUUAUCUUCAUCAACACAAAAAGAAGCAAGACGAGGAGAGAGCCUCUCUUCAGAAGGAAGCUAUGGCUCUGCGUAUUAUCCAGAAAAACUACGAACAUAUGUUACAGCAUCAGCAACAAUCGCCGGGAAGGACCGAAACGAGAUUGAGUGAUGACGUAAAAUUUCAGGUUUUCAAAGCCAUAAUGGAUGAGAUGUUUGUCACCUUCGAUCAGCUACCGAUGAAUGAUUUCUCCGAGUUAACUUCUGGAGUCAUUUCUUGGCUGGAAGAACACUGUAAACCUCAUCUGCUUCGGGAUGUUGUUAAUCGAACACUGACGAACAUCACAUCGAGUUAUGUGUCGCAAUCCAGCAGCAAGAACUGUGGUGUUAAGAUGGAGUAAUGUGAGUACCUUCUUCUGAUGUUAGUAUAUGUUAUACAAGUUAUUGAAA